CCCUUACUGAAACACCUGUUUGUUUUUAUUAGCCACAUGAUGGGGUUGGUAGCCGUGAGUGCGGCAAGCUGUUGUCUUGACAACCGAUAGGUAUAUACUACAACACAAUCACAUUGAUGUGUCAAAGGUUGAAUUAAAAAACUAUCCAACUGGAUUUCCCUUCCUCCUGAUGUGUAAAAAUGUGAAUGCUCUUCAGAUCCGCGCCGCAUCCGCUUGAUAUUCCUUGUGCGGUCGGGAAAAAUAUUUUCAAAUCGCCGGUCCACUGAUUUAUUACCAAUAUCGGUUUUAAACUUGCUAAAAUGUCAGGGAAAAGUAACAACGAAAAAGUCUCUGAAAUUGAUAACCAUGUCACCAAGCAAUAUGACAUCCUCCGACGACUCGGAAAAGGGGCUUAUGGUAUUGUGUGGAAGGCCAUUGACAAAAAAUCGAAGGAAACAGUGGCGGUGAAGAAAAUUUUCGACGCCUUCAGGAAUCAAACGGAUGCUCAGCGCACUUUUCGAGAGAUUGUGUUUUUGCUAUCUUUCGCCAAUCAUGAAAAUAUUAUUCAACUGAUUGGAUUACAUAAAGCCAACAAUGACAGGGACAUUUAUUUGGUUUUCGAAUUUAUGGAAACGGAUCUGCACAAUGUAAUAAAACGAGGCAACAUUCUCCAUGAAAUCCACAAAGUUUUUAUAAUGUACCAACUGUUUAAGGCAAUCAAAUAUAUACAUUCGGGUAAUGUUAUACACAGGGAUUUAAAGCCAUCCAAUAUAUUACUAAAUUCGCAAUGUCACUGCAAAAUUGCUGAUUUCGGACUGGCUCGUUCAGUGACUCAAAUUGGUGAAGGCGACGGUGAAACCGGAAGUGAUCCAACUUUAACAGAUUACGUUGCUACCCGGUGGUACAGAGCACCGGAAAUAUUGAUUGCUUCGAAGAGGUACACGAAAGGAAUUGACAUGUGGUCUUUAGGAUGUAUCCUCGGUGAAAUGCAGCUAGGAAAACCUCUAUUUCCAGGAUCGUCGACGAUCAAUCAAGUCGAGAGAAUCAUGGCCACUUUACCACCUCCAACGGAAGAAGAUCUAGUUUCGGUUUGUGCUGGUUAUGGAUCUAAUCUAUUAGACAAAACACCAACUGGGCCGCGACGAAGUCUACAAGAUCUCAUGCCUAAUGUUUCUGAGGAAGCUUUAGACCUCAUUAAUAACCUAAUAGUCUUCAAUCCAAAUUACAGGCUCACUGCUGUUGAGGCUCUUGAACAUCCCUACGUAGAAGCUUUUCAUAGAAGAGGCGACGAACCGGAAAGGGGUUCAAGUGUAAUUCCUCUUUUGAGGGAUGAUGUGCAAUUAUCUAUUGGAGAGUACAGAAAUAAAUUGUAUGCGAUGAUGGAUGAGAAGCACAAAAAACAUAAAAAUAUGUCAAAAUCUAGAAUUAGGCGUCUUUCGGAACACAUCAGGAAGGAAACCAGUGUGGGCCAAGGAGACUCAGUUUCCAAUAAAAAAAGCUUUCAUUCCUCUUGUGAUGAUUUGCUGAAACAAAGGAGCAGGAGCGAUGGCUAUAAGUCUUUAGAAGUUGAGAACGUUGUGAGAGCUGUGCUACCUGCAAGAAAGACGAUUGGACCUGCAUACUCAAAUAGUCUCGGAAGAAGUAACAAGGGGCAGGCGAAUAUCGAUUUGAUGAUGGGUGACAAUAGAGUUUCUAACAAAAAUGGAAGAAACGUAGCUGUGCAAUAUGCUUACAAUCUCUGUGGCAACUUAAAAAAUUUACCUCCUGGACAUGCGAAAAGCUGUCUUUACCUCAGCCAGCAGCAACCGAUGUCCAAGUCUCAGAGAUCAAUACAGUCGGAUCAAGUGACGGUUUACACUCUUCCCAACAAAUCCAAUAUUGGGACAAGUCAACCGAAACUUCGGAGAGGAGUAAAGUCCCAAAUUCAGCAUAGGGGUCUACAAAAUGUUGCAACCAUGAACAACAAUUACAGCAGAGUUGUUUUGCCAAAACGACCUAAUCAAGAAAGUACAAGAUGUCAGGCAAAAUACCUCACGAAAAUGCCAAACAACAUCACGAAACAUUUUGUUUCGACAUCCAACUGUGGCGAUUCUUCCCCAUUAAAUCUCAAUUCUAGCUCUCAGAAUCAAGUCAUUCAAAGAUAUUUGAACCAAAGCUUGCCAGUGCAAAUCCAGAGAGAUCGAGGGACAUCCUGUCAGUUAAAAAAUGCCAACUAUAGUCAAGUUUACCAUCCUGGUUCGGCAAAUCGACUCAGAAGUGCAGCAACUCGUAGCCAGACCUUGAACAGUUACAGUCAGAAUCACGGCGUUAUUACUGCGUCGGCAUAUAAGGAUCUCAGGAACGGGAAUAUCAGAUGGAUCACUUCAUCUCGGUAAUCUGGGUCAAUCUUGAAGUUCAGAGUUUUCCUGAAAAGGCGAGAUGGAAUAGUAGAAAAUUGUCAUAUGUAAAUUUCACGUCAUAUACACACAUUCAAAAUUUGUGAUUCACUUCAUUUCUCUUCUUGACUGAUAUAAGAGUGGGUUGGAUUUUUUAAAAAGAUUUUCCUACAAAGUAUAAAAUAAACAUUUCUAGUCCUUUAUAUUAAGUGAAUAAUUCAAUCCUAUCACUAUAAUGUACAGUUCGAUGAUCGUGUGAUUGAACCGGUUUGAGAGUAACACUCGCUUUUCUAUUUGUGAUUGGAAAAAUAGAGAUUUUGUCAAUCAUAAAAAAGGGUUACCUUUUUGUAAGAUUUUUCUGCCUCACUUAUAGGCUUAUUUACACUGGUCUACGUGAGGUGGAUGUACAAAUUUUAUUGUAAUAUAUUUGUAAUCACUAUCGACGUUUUGUGAGACGUCAAUUUGUGUACUAUAUACGAUAUAAAAUUUUAAUAAACAAAGCAGAAAAUCUGAA